AUGACUGAGUUUUUUCCAGCUGAAGAGCUAAAUAACCUGGAAGGAAUUACAGACCCAGACAACCUUUUCAAUCCACCAAUCAUCCUGGUUCCCGGUGUGUGCGGAUCAUUGCUAGUAGCUGAUAAUAAUGAAGUAGCGUGGCUCAACGAAACACUUACUCCAUAUCCACAAGCAUCGGCAAAGCUCAUGCAGUACCUGUAUGGAUCUCGAGACUCAGUGACCAACAAAUUUGUCUCCUUUAUAGAGCGCCAAGGCUUUUCUAGUGUCAAAGCCGUUCCCGGGCUUUCUGGUUGUUCGAGGCUCUUGAACCACAAGUUGACAAGACUACCUGGUAUUGCCCAGAAGAAACUUGGUAUCUACUAUGAAACUUUUGCAGUCUAUCUCGCUGAGAAAUUCGGCUACAAAGAAGGCCUUAAUCUCUUUGCGUUCACAUACGACUGGCGCCAGGCUCUGCACAUAGCAUCAAUACAGAGCGCUUUUGAUGAACUUCUCAAAGCGGCAUGUCAAACAACGGGGCAGCGAUGUAUCGUUGUAGGACACUCUAUGGGCGGCCUUCUGGUGACGACAUAUAUGCGCCUACACCCGGACUGGAAUGACUACAUUGCAAAAUUUGUAAGCCUCGGAGUUCCCUAUGCUGGAAGUGGCGCUAGCGGCCUAAUCGCCGCACCUUAUGGCUAUAACCUGCGAAUGCCCUUUCGUCCCCGUGUGGCUCGCGGCAUCCAAGGACCAGGAGGCUCCAUGGCCUGUCUGAAUCUCCCUGCGAUAGACGCGUCCUUUAAGAGCUAUAUGUUCUUGCGAAUAGUUGACACGCCUCAAGUACCACUGAUGGCCACAAUCACUGCCCCUCAAGAGAAACAAGAGCAAUCUAGAAGUAUACCCCAUAAUAUAAACCCUCACGAACCGCUUAAGCUGAAUAGACAGUUGUAUAGAAACAAAACCCCAGAUAUACCUGCAUUGCUCCUCAUGGAAAUAGAGAACAUGCCAAACUGCAUUGGCGAAAAUUUUGAGCAGGUAAUCGCCUUAUUAGCAAGGUACUGUGAGCCAGGAUUUGUAAUUCAUCCGCCUCUCAAGUUUGUCAAGGAGAAGUAUGUCCCAUUUGAAGCUGCUCUUGAUGCUCUGCCAUUUCCGUCUGAAACGGUCAAUGAGCUGCCACCAGACACUAAAGUAUCGUGGCGCUGGAUGGUCUAUUCACCAGGGAUAGACAUGUAUCCCCGCAAUGCUCCAAUUCAUGGGUUUCAGGACCUUACGACCAUGCAAGAAUAUGAACAACAAGCCGAUGAAAUAGACUACGGGAGUAUUCUAAAAGAGUCUGAAGUGCCAGGCCUGCGAUCAAUCAUUGAAAGAGCCUCUUUACGCGAUCAAAACAUAUCGCUGCGAAGUAUAAUCCUUCAACAUUGCUUAUCAGAGGUUGGCACGGGCAGAAAAAUGCUCUCACAUGCAGGAGACCUGGACGACCCGGACCAUAAUCCUUUAGAUAACUUGGACACGCUGCUUUUGUCAGACGCUUCUGAAGAGACUCCAUCUAUUGUAUUAGGACACGUCACAUCAUACUCUUCUAAUGCAGCUCUGCCAUCUCAUGCCAACCCCCUAGAAAGCGGAUUGACAGCAGUUCCUAUCUGCAACCCACUAACAGGCAUGACGCUAGAGGGACCGACUAAGCUUGUAGGGGAUAAUAACUUAACCAUAAGAACCAGGGAUAACACCCGUCUGCCACUUAAUACAGACUACAUAGACAUGCAGCCAGAGCCAGGGGCCAGCACAGAAGGCUUUAUCAAUUCAGUUGGCCAUGCAUUUACUCCCCCGCACUACUCGUAUAGAUCUCGCCUCCAAACAAGAGACAACUUUAAGAAGAUGAUAAUAAUUGUCAAGGACAUGAUCUCACAAUACAAGAGCAACUUGAGACAGCAUGCAGACAGCCAAAAUAGAUCCAUAUCUAUGAUAUCACAAGGAGCCCAGGGGUCAAGCACCACCAGCAUGACAUCAGAUUCGACUGCCAUCAGUGGUGCGUCGACUUCUAACAGAUUCCUCUAUCGACCUCUUUCAACGCUCAACUUCAAGGAAAUAGGUGGGCCAGAAAUUCAGGAGCAAUAUUCGAUACGAUGUACCGCCCUCCUCAGCCAAGUAAGGGCUAAGCCGUAUGCAGACCUUCUCGGUAGCUGUGUCAAACCAUACUCCCUUGACGAACUCAUCUAUAAGCCAUCUCUUGAGUACUGGAACCAAUCGAAAGAAAUCUUAUCCAGAGAAAUCGUGUACCCUGAAGAUACAGAGCUCUUCCGCUUCUACAGUCUUAAUGGAUCUAACCUUCAAACAGCUGUCCACGCAUACUACGACGAAAUUUUGUCUUCUCUUUAUGAACUGGCUUACAGAAAGCCCAAGUUCAUUUUCACUAUUGGAGAUGGGACAGUCCCAUUGAUAUCAUCGCUGUCAGAUCCUAUUCCAGACAGAUAUGUAGAUGAUCGCGUGGCAUUUCCUGAGAUGGGCCACUUUGAGAUGUUGCAAUCUAAAGAAGUCUUUGAAUUGUUAGUAUCAUUUAUGGGCAUCAGACCAUGUACUGGUAUCCACAAGUCCAAAAAGUAA